UAUAUAAACAAUUAUAUUUUAAUUAAUUUUUACAAUUUUAAUUUUAUAAUAUGAAAUUAUAUUGUAUGAUGUAAAAAUUAUAUAUUUAUGUAUAAUAUAAUUUCUUUGUUUUGUUUCAUGCUAUUAAUGAUCUUCAUUAAUAAACAGCAUUAGUACUUUUGGCAUUUGGUGGAUCUAUUGGUAUGACAUUUGUCAUACUUGGUUGUGCUUUACCUACAUAUAAAGUAUGGUGGCCAUUUUUUGUUGUACUAUUCUAUAUAUUAGCACCAGUCCCAACUAUAAUUGCACGUCGUUAUACAACAAAUGAUUUUGAAAAUAAUCCUAAUCCAUGUUUGGAAUUGGCAAUAUUUAUUACUAUGGGUUUUGUGGUAUCAUCUUUUGCUCUUCCUAUUGUCUUAGCUCGGUCUCCAGUCAAUGAUCCAGUGAUACAAUGGGGUGCUUGUUAUUUGACUUUAGCAGGUAAUAUUAUUAUAUAUCUAACUCUAGUCGGAUUUUUUGUAACCUUUGAUCAAGACGAACUCGAAUAUAACACAUGUUGAAAUACUGUACUUCAUUGUACUUAUUUAUUAAUACUACAUGGUUUUUGCAAAAUAAAAGGAAUGUAAAUCAUAUACUGCACUGACUGACAGUUAUGUGUUGAUUCUAAGUCAUCGCAAAAUUUAUAGUAUAUUAUUUACAUGAUAUAUAUAUUAUCACAAGUCAUUUAUAGUAGAUACUAUACUAAUACUAUAACAAAUAGUAUUACACUAACUAAUACUAAAGUCAAUAAUGAUUUAUUUUGCUAUUUCUAUGCAGUAAUUAAAAUUUCAAAUUGUAAAGGAUUAAAAUUUUUAUAAACUUUUUUGGAUAAAAUUAGAAGUAUGACUAUGCUGAAAUAUGUAAAAUUUAAUAUACUAUUUAUUGAAUUUAAGUUCUUGAAAGCAAUAUUAAUAAAUACAAUUUUUUAUAUUA